UGGAGUCAACAAUAUGCUCGCAAAUAAAUAUCCGAAAGCGGAAAUUCCUCCGGCACUUCUGUACUGCGAUCCUCCAAGACUACCCAGGGGGGUUUGUGGAAAUCCCUUGCUCUCAUCUCUCCUUCAGGAAGAAAAUUAGUCUGAAAUAUGUCUGAUGAUUCCGAGUACCGAUGCUUCAUUGGUGGCUUAUCAUGGUCAACAUCUGAUCGGGGUCUGAAAGAUGCUUUUGAGAAGUUUGGGCAUCUUCUUGAGGCGAAGGUGGUCAUCGACAAGGUCUCUGGGCGCUCUCGUGGAUUUGGCUUUGUCACCUAUGAUGAAAAGGAAGCAAUGGAAGAGGCUAUUGAAGCCAUGAAUGGGAUUGACUUAGAUGGCCGUACGAUAACUGUUGACAAAGCACAGCCUAACCAAAGUUCUGGCAGGGACUAUGAUAAUGAACGUCCACGAGACCGUGAUCGAGGGCGUGAUCGUCCCCGAGGUAAUGAUUAUGGAGGUGGGAGGGGAUCUGGUGGAGGAGAGUGUUUUAAGUGUGGCAAACCGGGACACUUUGCUAGAGAAUGUCCUAGUGAGGGUUCUAGAGGUGGUAAAUAUGGAGGCAGGGAUAAUCAAUAUGGUGGCAGAGGUGGUGGUCGUUUUGGCCCAGAUCGAAGUGGGGAUCGAUUUGGAGGAGGACGUAAUAGAGAUGAUGGUGGUCGUGGAGGUGGUGAUCGAUACAAUCGUGAUCGUGCAGGACCAUAUGACCGCCGGGGUUCUUCUGGCUUUCGAUCUGGGUAAUAUGCUCCUGCUGAAGUCGAGGCCCUUAGACUGGGGAUGCAGUUAUGGUGGAGUCCUUUCAUGUCAUCUCCUAAAACCGUUCGUACUUGUGAAAUUGUGAAACCAGAUUAAUAUCUACUAAAUUGUGUCCCUGAAAUGAUCGCUGGUUUUGUUCAUUGGGGUCCUUUUACUGCGUGAUGUGCAACUCGAAUCUGGUCUUGCGCUUUUGAAUGAUAAUAUGCUGCUGGUUGUCUGCUUGCUUGAUUAA